UGGUGGUCUUCGAUCAUAGCGACCAGCGAUGGGUUAGUGCGAAUGAAAAACAGGAUUUCCCCACCCUGUUUUUUGCACAGUUAUUUUAUACUGCUGCUGCCACUAGAUCCGAAACGAAAUUAAGGACAAUUGCGGUCGCAUUUUGAGGAAAUUUCUAGUUACAAAAUGCGAGUAGUGCGUCAUUCGGCCAAAAAUCGUUCUUCCUCGCGUAGGUGUAGAAACGUUGUUGUGUAGGGAAAAUUUUCCAAUAGAAGGAAUCUGUGAUGGCAGGCAACUGAUGUAAGAGAACGUCGUAAAACGAAGAAAAAACGGAUGUGAUAUAGGUUUUUUGCAGUUUUGUAAAACUUUUUACAGUUCCUCGAUUUAGUUUAAGAUUGUCUGAUUUACAAAGUUUCAGUUUUCUAAGCUUUCUGCAACAAAUUUGAAAUGUAUUGUGUUCAAAUACCAAAAAUAUGAAAGCGAUGAUGCGGUUUGAUAUCGAACAAAGAAAUCAAUCCAAGAUAUAAGGACCAAAACGAGAUUUAGAUCAAAUUGGUUUCAAAAGUCGUUGCAAUUAGGGUCAUAACGUGCAUCCUUGACCAAGUUUUAAAUGGAGCCAAAUUUUCACUUCAUGUGAUAAACUAUUUGCUGCCCAUGUAGAGAGGACAGGAAAUGAUAAGGCAGUGACCAGAGGCAGGGAGGAGUGCGCCAAGCGACAAAGCGAGUAAAGACUUCAUAUGGGAUCUGCCAAAACACUGUCAAGUGGGGUUCCAGUGGGAGCCCGGGGGAGCGCAGAAAAGGCUGUGUUUGUGCCAAGAGCAAGUGGAAAAUCGAUAUCCUUUCCGUUUCUGUCAAACGCCGUGCGCUGGAGCAAACAGGAAGCGUAGUGAAGUUGACUGUGGUUGAGUUUUGUUUUCCUUCCUUCGCAUUUCGUCGAUUCGCCACCAUUGGUCCGGGGGGAAACUGGCGUCAAAAUAAAAAGGAAAAGCUGUGUUUAUGGGGGAGUCAUAUUUUAUGCUACACGUGCGAGGUGAAUGUUUUGGAAGAAAAUCGCGCGCUCUGACUCGACAUUGAAGAGAGAACAUUCGUUGGUGUUUGUGUAUGUUCGUGGAAGCGUGUUGCAUAGCAAAAAGCGCGGAUGAGCGAAAGGCAGCGAUAAAGAUGCUGCGAAGAUAAACAAGCCUGCACUACACUAUCGUUUGCGUCGAGUGGAAAAGCUUGUUCCUGAGAUAGUGAAUAGCGAUAACGCUUCAAGGGUUUUCGCAGAACAAUAGUGCUGCUGAUUAACUGAACAGAUUUUCUGAGUGCGAGAGAUACAGAUGCUGCGGUCAUGAAGAUGGACGGCUGACAGAGGAAGAUAUUGCAUACAUUCGGGGGGAAACAAAGCGUCGAGAUUUCGCAGGAGUGUUAUUGCGCUUCAGGGCGGAAAGAAAUCUAGGUCGUCAGCAGGAUGCAUCACCGACACGAGGAGGGGCGGUAUUUUCUGCUGCGGAACGCCAGCACCGGAGCGUCUGUGGAUGCCAAAAUCGACAACUCGAUUGUAUGGCCUUUCCUGAUACAGAAUGCAAUGGAAAAUCCACUUUGCACAACGACGACUGCCGCCAAUUCGACGGUUUCGGUGCUACUGUGGACCACGAUCGCGGUGUUUGGGAUCGUGUACACGUUGCUGGGAUAUCGGUGUUUAAGAGCAAUAGGCUUUCUGACCGGAUUAGCAGCAGGAGCGGGAUGCAUUGUAAUGCUACAGAGCAAAAACAUUACAGGGUUCGGGAAUUUAGCAGCACCAGCUUUAGCAGUCGUGGCUGGUCUUUUCGGUGCCAUCCUUGGAUCAACCCACCCAAUUUCGUCCAUCCUGAUCGGGGCCUCGGCUGGUGCGCUGGUAGCGGGAGCUACCAUUGCAUCCUGCAUUGCCACACUGCCUCACUAUAUCUUUGGAGAAAAUGAACUCUUCGUAUCCGUCGUGGGAGGUGCAAUCAUCUGCGCAAUAAUUGCACUGUUUUGUCCAAAGUUCAUGUCAAUCAUCGCUUCCAGUAUACUGGGAUCUGCCAUGAUCCUGUGCUCAAUAGACUUCUUCAUGCACGGACUGAACACGUUGGAAUGGAUCAUCAACAUGAAACCGGAACCAAUCCCACCACCCUGCUGGGGUGGGGUGAUCCUGUGUUGCUGGCCCAUUGCGUCGGUCCUCGGGGUGCUGGUUCAGAGCUUCGUCACUGCCUGGAAAAUAGACCACCGGCGUCAGAUGAUGCACCGGAGGCGACGUCACUAUAAAGGCCGACCCGGGUCACGGUCGCGGGAAACUCGGGAAGAGGCUCGCCAGCGGAAGUAUCGGUAUUUGUAUCAGGUUCGCACCGCCAGAGGCGAUAUAAUUUCACAGAACUUCGUAUCCGCCCUCCAGAAGCACGUCACCACAGAUUCCGGCCCACCGUCUGAGGUUUCCACCAAGCUAGGAUCUAAUGAUCGCAAUACGGCUCGCAGCGACCGAACCCACAUGACCAACCUGCCCGAUUCCGACUUUGAAAAGCGAGACUUGAGCUACGAGAAACGUUGACACCCGGCCAAAUAGCACCCGCAACAGCAGCAGUGGCAACAUCCACCGCAUCAACAGCAGUUGCAGCAGCAACCGCAGUACUACUACUAUUACAACAACAACCAUAGCCAUCAUCAACAGUCGCAGAAAAACGAACGCACUUGUUACUAGAGCAGAGGACGGAGAGGCCGAAGCAGUGAAUCAUAGACAACGUGUUGGAUUUGAACGAGAUCGUAGAGCCGGUGCAGCACAGUUUAAAGAACCGGCUGAUGUGUCUCCUAUGGGAUUUGUACAGGUACGAUAGUGAAGGUAAGUAAACGAAAUUUCCAAAUGAUUUUUAUACGACGACAGGGAAUCAGAAAGGCAACAAAUAAUAGCCGGAAUGAAUAUCCAGUAACGUUCUAGGGACGGGCAUUUCGUAGGGAACAGAAUCAGUAAAGCGAAACCGUGAAUAGACGGUGUUAAAAAAAACACAAAGUCAGACAGAAAAGUUAAAAGAACGAUUUUAAACCAAAAUAAAAUUGUGUAACGAUAUGAAUAUAAAAUUCUAUAAAUACCAACUCAAUAACUGAAUCAAAUUCAUUGCUAUACAUAUAAGAAUAAGGUUCAAUAACUUAUUUCAGAGCAGUCUGAAGUAAAACUUUAAUCAUAUUUUUUAUUUCUCCAACGGAAUAAUCUAAAAACCAAGUUACAGUAAUUAAUACAAAGGAAGGGGGAAAUGUUGCGAAUGUGAUUCAAACUUUUAUCGAAAACAGUGUAGCAAGUUGUAAGCAUUUCGUUUUCCGCGGUAGAUUCAUGUUGUAGCCAAAAGCGGUUUUGUUUUCCUUUCGAAAAUAGAUACAAAUACCGAAACGGAAUGGUUGUUUGCUUUACAAAAUCAAAAAUUAUUUGAGAUACUCAAAAGAUGUCCAUAACGCGCUGGGAAGAGCGUAGAGGAAUAUUGAAAUAUUUAUAAAAUGAAACGAGAUUACAAACAUUACCCAGGAGUCACAAUAAAAACAGAGAAUCACCAAUAAACAAGGUCAGUGUUUUGAACAGCGUAAAUAGAAUUCGUUUACCUUAGCUUAUAUUUUUGAACAUACACAACACACACAAAUGUAGCAAAACCGCUGCCGCAAUCGCCACAUUACACUAAUAUACGGAAUACAAUAAUGCGAAAAGAAAGGUGACAACUGUAAAACGUAACAGAUGGAAAAUGCAGUGAAUCCCUUCCAAGAUGCAAAACUGAACGGAAAAUUAACAGUUGAAUGAGGCUAACAAAGGUAUAAUUUCGGGAAAGACACAGAGUAAUGAAUGUACUAGCUAAAUGAAAGCUCAAAAUAUAUAAGCCAUAUUUUGGAUUUAUCGGAA